AUGAAAUCUGGACCCGUUACAAUCACUUCCACAAAUGCGACGUCUACACCAGCAAGACGUACGUUAUUUCGUAUUGCAUUAGUAGUUGCUCUCUCUGGUACGAUUGCUGUUAGUACCAUACUGAUUCUCCAUGGUGGAAUCGCUUUCGGACGACUUCGAUACUUUGUUGAUAUUGGUCAACAUCCUCUGCAUAUAACAGGAGCAUUACUACUUUUCUUUGGCUUGCUUUCACUUGUUACAUUCAUUAUCAUUACGGUGGGAAUCGUAAAAGUGAACAAAACGUUAGCUGUUCUAGCCGCUGUUCUGAUUGGUGUUUGUUCACUCGGUCUGAUUGCAUUCAGUAUUUGGUCAUUUUUAGCAAUAACAAGUGGACAAUUACCCGCAUCGAUCAAUAACACGAUUGUCAAAGAAUUAGAUGAAACUCGAUUCAGUUAUGGAGUUGGAAAUACUCUUAUUGUAGAUAACACCAAUAAAAUGGCAAGACUAGAAAAACAAUAUCAAUGUUGUGGACUAGCUGAUCCAAUUGAUGAUUAUCGCAGUCGACAACAAUCAUCAUUUGGAUCAUUGAAUCCUUCGUCAUCAUCAUCUUCAUCUGGUGGUAGCGGAGGUGGUCGAAGCCGAACAACAUCGACUCAACGAAAUUCUGCCGCAUCGAAUCUUCCUGUCUUAUUACCUAUCAGUUGCUGUAAUAAGAAAUAUCUCUCCGCUGAUAAUCUCUGCAUUGACAUGUUUGGAAAUAACACUAGUCCGAUCAAUCGUUAUUACACCAAUGGUUGUUAUCCAGUUGUUGCACGUUACAAGUUCGAACGUAUUCAACGACAAGGUUUUACAACAAUUGUUGCUGCUUGUCUAGCAGUCAUAAGUUGCAUCGCGCUCGCAGCCGUUGUUCGAUUAUUAGGUGAAGGAUAUCAAGUGAUUCCACUACGUGUAACGACAUAA